GCACUGCUCAAGAUUAUUUGCAGCCCAUUCCUCUGCAACUGAACUCUCCAGGCAUCAGAUGUUACACAAUCCUUACUGCUUAUCUUUGGCAAUGCCAACUUUUGCCUGGAUGCAUUGAAAGAAGCUGCUUGUGUUUCAGGCAUCUGAGUGCGCUGAAGAUUUCGAUGGCUGGUUCAAUGGCUCGGUUGCUCCCGCUGAUCCUGGCCUCCUGGGUCACCAUUUUGGCAGCUGAAGGCCAAAAUCCUUCUCCUCCACAAGUGCUUACCAAGAAUGGGAAGCUCCAGGGCCAGCAGGUCCAAGUCAAUGAUGCUGAGAGAAAGGUGGAUGUUUUCCUUGGAGUCCCCUAUGCAAAGCCACCUCUUGGGCCAUUACGGUUUUCCCAACCACAGCCGGCGGAACCUUGGAGCAAUCUAAGAGAUGCAACUUCCUACCCACCAAUGUGUCUGCAGGACCCGGAGAUGGGACAAAUGCUGUCAGAUACGUUUACUAACAAAAAGGAAAAGGUCUCUUUGAGUAUUUCUGAGGAUUGUCUGUACUUAAACAUCUUCACCCCGGCUCGUUCUGACAAGAACAGCAAGUUAUCAGUGAUGGUUUGGAUCCAUGGAGGAGCAUUAUUGGUGGGUGCAGCGUCCAUAUAUGAUGGGUCUGUGUUAGCGGCUUUUGAAAACGUGGUAGUGGUGGCGAUUCAAUACCGGCUGGGCAUUCUUGGUUUUUAUAGUACUGGUGAUGAGUUUGCACGUGGAAACUGGGGCCUCCUAGAUCAAGUGGUAGCUCUCCAGUGGGUCCAAGAGAACAUUGCAGCCUUUGGAGGAGAUCCUGGAUCAGUUACUAUAUUUGGAGAGUCUGCAGGUGGAUUCAGUGUUUCGGCCCAUGUCGUAUCUCCUCUGUCAAAGGGUUUGUUCCACAAAGCCAUCUGUGAAAGUGGCGUUUCUGUCAUGGAUGUUCACAGAGAGGUUAAUCCACAAGAGUUUGCAAAGAAAAUUGCUGCAACCGCUGAUUGUCCGAUAUCCAGCUCAGUCGAGAUGAUUCGUUGCCUCAAGGGAAAGACGGAGAACGAGAUCCUACAGGCGACUCUCAAGAUGGAUUUCAUCAGAAUGCAUCUUGGCGCAGAAGAAAAACACACUAUGUUCUACACUGCAAGUGUUGAUGGUGUAUUUCUUCCAGAAAACCCUAAGGUUCUCCUUGAAGAGAAAAGGAUCAAUAAUGUUCCAUACAUCAUAGGUGUCAAUAAUCAUGAAACAGGAUGGCUUAUACCUAAUAUGAUGCAGUUGCCGGAUGCCACGAAGGGGCUUGACAGAGAGACGGUCACUCUUGUGCUGCGCAGCUCAGAGCAAUUAUUGGGUGUUGCUCCGGAACACGUUCCUAUAGUUGCCAAUGAAUAUCUGAAGGAUGUUAGUGACCCUGUACAGCUCAGGGACCAACUUCUUGAGCUGCUAGGAGAUGUGGUAUUUGUUGCUCCAGCCAUCCUAACAGCGAAUCUCCACAGAGAUGCUGGCUACCCAACCUUUGUGUAUGAAUUUCAGCACCGUCCAAGUUCAUCCUUGGGCUUUAAACCAGACUAUGUUAAAGCGGACCAUGGUGAUGAAAUUGCCUUUGUCUUGGGGAAGCCUUUCUUAGCAGGUGAUGCUACAGAGGAAGAAAAAAGGCUGAGCAAAACGGUUAUGAAAUAUUGGGCUAAUUUUGCUCGCAGUGGGAACCCGAAUGGUGCUGGCCUGGUGAACUGGCCCCUUUACGAUGCAGCUGAACAAUACUUGGAAAUAGGCUUAAAGCAGAAGCCGGCAAAGAAGCUGAAGGAGCAAGUAGUUAACUUUUGGACCAAGACCUUACCUGAAAAAAUAGCUGAAAGCCAAAGGCGAACUGAAUUAUAAUGUCAGGUUGUGAUGGUUGGCACACCUCCAGUAUAGAAGUAGCAAAAUGAGGUUGGACUCUGCCCUUCAGACUCUAUGUGGAGCAUAGCUGUCAAGUUCUCCCUUUUUUAAAGGGAAAUUCCCUUAUGCUGAAUAGGCUUCCUUGCGAGAAAAGGGAAAACUUGACAGCUAUGAUGUGGAGAGGUUAUAUUAUUGACUGCUGCCCCAUAUAAACAUCUCAUAGAAAAUCUUUCUCGAUGUGCUAGUUUACAAGAAUGUGUGUGUUUGUGUGGGAGCACUCAACAACAUGACUCUUCUACUUGGAGUCUAAAGCACAGUCAAUAAUUCUACUGCUAUAUUGUACAACCGGAUUCUGCGCAGGAUGUAGAAUAAAUUUUCCAGGAUCCCAGAAGAUGGCAGUCCAAACCUGCUGUAAGAACUGUACCAGCAUUCUGUUAGAACAUGGAUAAUUGUAUCCUAAAGUGUUAAGUUUUAAUUUGCUUUAUUUCAAUAACCUGAGAAUUCAGCAAUGUCCACAUAGCUAAAUUGCACCCUUAAAUAUGCAGACUGGAAGGAACAUACUUCAAUUUUUUGUGUGUGUUUUCCUCUUUGCACUGUUUGUUUAUGGGGGUUGGUUUCAGGGUAAGUACUAAGAAUGAAAGCAACUGUAGUAGGAAACUUUUAACACUUUCAUUUCUUUAAAAUGUUUAAGAUUACAGCUAUGAUGUGUGUGUGUUUUUUAAACACUUCGUCUCAACAAAUGAAACUGUUUGGUAAAAAUGUUACGAGAGACAUUGCACAUAUUUCUGUAAAUCAA